CCCCAAGACGGCCAACAUUCGAAUCUCGAACUUCGAACGAAACGGUCGACUCUGUAACGACAACGAAUCAAGGUAUUCUUUUACCCGCGAAAGAACAUUUAUUGAACAUGUGUUUUGUACGGGAGCAUAAAUCACUCUCGCAGUGCCUUCAUUUGGAUGAACUGUUCGCAUGAGGAUAGCAGGAAGUAGUUCGCGCCCAAUUUGCGUCCCCGCCGUGAAAGGAAAGGAAUUGAUGCCCAAAAAGUGAAGUGAAAUACGGCAAUCGGCUGUGAAUAAUAAUUUAGUGACUAAUUUAAUAAUUGAAACAUCGACCUCGCCAGGAUCUCAUCGUUUGUAAUAUAUUUGAAAACGGGAAAAAAAAGCUAUGGCGUUCACCGUGGAUAAGAUUCGACUUUCAACUUGUUUUUGUUUGUGCUUCGCUUUGCUGAUUAUUUCGUCACAAUGUCGGCCAACUCGACCACAAGAGCAAGAAACCAGCUUCGGCAACAGCAGCAGCAACAGCACCAAUAACAUCAGUAAGAGCAACGGCAGUUCAUUGCUGCCUCCAAUCAAGAAGGACGUUUUUAUGUCACGAGGUUGGGGUGCUUCCGGAAUGCCGUUCACCAUGUACUAUCUCAAUCACUACACCAAAAUACAGAAGGCACAAAAUCAGCAGCAGCAAAUGCAACGAAGUCGUCAACAGGAGAUGGACGAAAUCAGAUUGCAGCCAAGGGAGGAAAAUAUUGGCCUCGAUCAGCCGAGAACAUUGCCGUAUGGCACCAGAUAUGGAGAACCACUGGCCAACGCACAACAGGGCGAAGUUGGUAGAAGCGUUUACAAGGAAGACGAAUACACCGAUAGCAGUGUCUAUCUCCCAGCAAAGCCCAGCCCUCCACGGCGACAGUACAACAUACCCCAGCUAUUUGUGUCCUAUGGUUGGGGACCAAUGGGUUAAAAACGACCCAUCAAAUUCCUAAACGAAAUGCUAGCAUUAGAUUUAUUUAUUUAUCGCUUCAUAAUAUAUAUUAUGCGUUUUACGUUCCGCAGUGUUCGCAUUUAUAAAUAAAUGUAAAAAUCCUUGUUGUAUGAAUAUAUGUUCGAAAGGCGUGACAAGAAAAACAAAAAUCAAUUUGGAAAUAA